GAAAAUGCUGUACAAAAUUCAUUUUUUAUAGGGACGAGGUAGUCAUUGCAUUGAGUAAAUGAUGAUUUUGUUGAUCUGUAAUAUUGAACAAAAUAUUAUUCCUUACGUACGAAAGGAAAGUACAGAUUGUUGAUUUAAAAGAAACAAAAACUCUUUCAAGCAGACUACAAUCAGACAUAAACAAACAACGCGAGCGCACAGUCGGGCGGCAGACGCGGUACCCGGUACUACCAGCUUCUAAUUCUGCUCUGAUCCGGCUGAGGAUCUGCUGAAUCCGAAGUGAUGUUAGAGAAAGAGCUUGUGUAAAAGUAAACGAGGAGCACACUUUCCAUUGAGAGAAGAAUCAAUUUUUAUUCCACAUCAAAUUCUAUGCGACUCCUCCCUUCUUUCAUCAACUAAAUCCUGUCAUCGCUAUUUUGAUACACGUAUGUAGCUGAGGAAAAUGGAAGAUGAAGGUGAAACAAAGGGACUCUUGGAUGGGAAUGAAAGCAAGAGCAGUCAUGGUAGUAUAUCAUCAAAUGGACACUCUAUACUUCACAGCAAUUCAGUGUACAAAGAGAUGGAAUCCGCUGUAGAUGAUGAUAAUGAUGAUGAUCACAGAUUUGAGACAUCGCAGAGAACAUCUUUCUCAUGGGAUAAGAUGCUUUUGGAUGACUUAGCAUACGAUGAUGGGGACACGUCAAAUAGUAAAUUUAAAAGAAUGUUAUCAAGAUGCAAGCCUUCCAAUCAAACAAAGCUUUAUCUUAGAUAUACAAAGAUUGCUGUUUUAUUUCUGUCCAUGUUUGUCUGCACGGUAUUCUUCACCUUGAAAGAUGAAGUACUGCCUCAACUUGAAAUAUUCUCUAUAUCACAGGAUCAUCCUUAUUCCUCCAAAAUCUCAGAUCUUGGCAGUAAUGUUAUAAUAAAAGUCAGCUUUAAGGGUCCAAUUGUAGAAUUAGGCAACUCAACAGAGAAUAUCACAGUCCGACUGGUUGGCUAUGACUACUCUAAAGGGGGCGCUAUUUGUUAUGAGGUUGCAGAAGUCUAUAACGUAUAUCGGGAAUAUCCACUAUCAGAAAGUAUUUAUUGGGAAGAAAUGGAGAAGAAAUACCAUGAUCUUAAAGAAGGAUGUGGUCAUAAUACCAGUUACGAGCUGCAGUUUGAAAGCAACAUUGAUGAUUUGGUAACCAUGCAAACGGACCACACCCUCUUACCCUCGUCAUCAAAUGAAGAGGUGGUUUGGGCUGCCAUUAUCUUAGUUGCUGUAUAUGUCCUGAUUGGGUUUGAGUUAGUACAUAGGACUACAGCUGCCAUGAUAGGAUCCUUUGCUACAUUAGCUGUGUUGACCAGCUACAACGAACGUCCACCUUUAGAGGUUGUGAUGUCAUGGUUAGAUUAUGAUGUCCUCGCUCUACUUUGGGGAAUGAUGACAAUAGUAGCCAUCUUUUCUGAGACCGGCUUCUUUGACUACUGUGCCUUGCUCUCCUACAAGUGGGCCAAGGGAAAGAUCUGGACGCUGGUUACCAUUCUUUGUCUCUUCUCUGGUAUUGUUUCUGCCUUCUUGGACAAUGUCACUACCAUUCUACUCAUGACCCCUGUCACUAUUAGCCUCUGUGAGGUACUCAACAUUGAUCCUAGGCAUGUGUUGAUAGCUGAAGUAAUCUUCUCAAACAUAGGAGGUACAGCUACAGCCAUCGGAGACCCUCCAAACGUCAUCAUUGUUGCCAACUCAGAGAUUGAAGCUGCCAAAAACAGAUAUCCUUAUGUAUUGGGUAUAGGGUUUUCAGAAUUUACACUUCAUCUUAGCUUGGGAAUAGUAUUCUGUAUGAUCGUAGGGUACGGAGCCCUAAGACUACUGUAUAGGCGCAUCAAUCUGCAUUCCCUGGAACCACCUGCUAUUAGAGAAUUAAAACAUGAGAUUGAGGUAUGGCGCCAGGCAGCAGUCCGGAUCAUGGUAGCUUCAAAGGAGGAGAAUACUGUCAAAGCUUUACUUCUCCAGAAGGUCUCUCAACUUGAGACACAACUCAGAAACCAAAUUUAUGAACAAAGACAUAUAGCCAAUGAAAAUCUCAACUGGAAGGAAAAGCUGAUAGAAUUAGAACAAAGGUAUCGCAUCACAGAUAGUGUUUUGUUGGCCAAAUGCAGCUUCAUAUUGAUAGUCACAAUACUCUUAUUCUUCAUCCACUCAGCAGUAGAUACUAUUUACUUAGAUCUAGGUUGGAUUGCUGUCAUUGGAGCUGUAGCACUCCUUGUUUUAGCAGAUGUGCAUGAUAUUGAGAAUGUAAUGCACCGUGUGGAAUGGGCUACAUUGCUCUUUUUUGCAGCUCUCUUUGUUCUCAUGGAGGGUUUAACAGAACUUGGCCUAAUUGAGUAUAUUGGAAACUUUGUGGCUGGUAUUAUUGAGGAUGUUCCUCCUAAUGCCAGACUAGCUGUUGCUCUUAUUCUUAUACUCUGGGUAUCAGCCCUAGCGUCAUCUUUCAUUGAUAAUAUACCAUUUACAACAGCAAUGAUCCCUAUUAUACUAGAUCUUGCUGAGCGUGAGGAGUUAGAGCUCCCUCUGCAGCCAUUGGUUUGGGCGUUGGCCUUUGGGGCGUGUCUUGGAGGCAAUGGAACACUCAUCGGUGCCUCGGCCAACGUGGUGUGUGCUGGGAUAGCUGAUCAACAUGGAUAUGGCUUUACUUUCUUUGACUUCUUCAAGGUUGGAUUUCCCAUGAUGCUUUGCACCACCUUUGUUGCAAUGAUCUACCUGUUGAUUUGCCACGUGGCAUUUGAGUGGCACUAGUCUUCCUUCAAGACCCAGCUGGAUUGUUCUUCAAACUAAGCAUGUUCAGUGGAACCUGUGUUACGACAGUUCAACUGAGAGACAAGGAAUGGUGUUUACUAGUAUAUGAUUGAUGGUUUUUAGAGUUUUAUUUAACAAUAUCUUGUACAGGAAAGAGGAAAACAUUUUUAUCUUAUUUUAUAUAAGAGAUAAUUUGUUGCUUAGACUAGUUAUACCCUAUGAUAAGAACCAACUCUUUUUACAUCCUUCCAGAGGGACUUGUUAAUAGUAACACCAAUCCCACAAUGUCCCAACAAAUCAUUUUUUUUCGACUGGAAUAUAAUAUAUUGCAUCUCAUAUCUCGUGUGUUUGAUCGUAUAUUGUACUCUUUUUCCUGUAUCUUGGAUGUUUUAGCAUUCAGACACUGAACAUUGUUCUGAAGUUGUUCUCUGGUCUAAAGUUGUCAGAUAGCCAAUGAAUGUUGAUGGAUAGCCAUGUUGUAACACAAAUCAUCUAACCGGUAAAUAAGGCUUG